GGUGGCAGUGUGCACAUCUAGUCUGUGAUUCGCCAUAACCCACAGCAGACGAAGAACAAGAAUUCAAACUGAUUGGGCUCUAUGCAUGCAGCUCGUAGUCUGUGGAUAAAGAUGUCAGCUACAGAUGGUGAGAUUCAGACAUUAAGGCAGAAGGUGGAAGCGACAGAAGCAGCUCUUCAAAAAGCAGCGCAGUAUGGACUGCAGCUCUUGGACGACAAAAUGGAUCUGCAGAAUAAGUUGGAAGAGCAGCGAAUUGAAAUGACUGCAGUGAUAGAGGGCCUUGAGCAAGAGAAAUACUCCCUGCAGAGAGAAAUGGAGCUAAAGGGACGAAUGCUGGACAGCCUUCAUUCAGAAUUUGAUUACGUUAAAAACCAACAGAAACAUUUGUUGGAGCAGCAACAAACAGUGUUGGAGAGGAACCAUGCAGUGGAACUCAGUGUCUUCAAGAGCAAGGUGGAGAAAAUAAAAGCUGACCUGGAUGAGGCUCGACUCCUGGAAAAACAGAUGAGACACAAGCUGGAGUUGCAGUCUCAAACCUUAAGCUGUAAAACCGAGGAGCUCCGCAAACUGAUGGAAUGUUCACAUGAAACCAGGUCCUCAGAAAUAAUAGAGCUGCAAAUGAAGAAGAUGGACCUGGAAUCAUCUGUGACUACCUUAAAGCGGGAGCUUCAGGAGUCAGACUACAAAGGGCAGCAGCUUCAGCUGACCAUUACCAUCAUCCAGAGGCAGCUGGAGGCAAUGACAAGCCUUAAGGAAGAAAAAGAGAAAGAAGUUGAGUCGCUGUACAAUGCUUUGGAGAAAUCCAGGGAAGCCAACCAAGACAUUCAGAUUCAGUUGGAACAGGCAUUGCAGCAGACACAAGAUCCAAACAGCAAAGGCAAUUCCUUAUUCUCUGAGGUAGAGGACAGGCGUGUGGAAAUGGAGAGGCAGUUGAUCAGCACGAAAGUGCAGUACCAGUCUCUUCAAAAGCAGCAUGCUUUCACCAAACAACAGAUGCUUCGCAUGAAGGUGCAGAUAUCUAACCUUAUGCAGCUUCAGGGUGCUAGAGCUGACCCAGCCCAGCUUGAGCGCCUACAGUUUAUGUUGUCAGAGAAGAACAGUGAGAUAGAAACCUUGAUGAGGAAAGUACAACAGCUGGAGAAGGUAGAGGCGACACUUGAGGACCAGUCCUCCACUGGCACUUCCAAGCCGACUGAGUUUGUGGAUGAGACAUACUACACAGACCUAUUGAAAAUGCAGCUCUCAAAUUCAAAGAAAGUCGCAGAGACAUUGAAAGAUGAGUUGUCCAUGGCAAGACUGAAAGCUCUUUCUGAGAGUCACAGAGUGCUUGAGUUAGAGCGGAAACUCUUUGGAGUAGAGAAUGCUUUGAAGCAAGUUCAAAGUGACAAUAUCAAGCUGCAGGUGAAACUUGAGGAACUACGGAUGAAAUAUGAACCUGAAGAGGUGAAAAGGGCACGGGCUCAGAAGCGCAAACGAGAGAAAUUUCCAGCAAACUCCCCCGAAGAAAGGUCUGACCACUGCACCAUGGAAACUCCAGCCAUAGACAAUAACCCUGUCAAGACCGCGGACAUGACUGCAGAAACCCCUCCUUGUUCAACUAAGAACCCACCAGCUAAAGCACAAUCUCCAGACUGUAGCUCUGUCUUGCUUGAUGGCAGUAAAUGUGUUCGCAUCUGUGAGGACACCCCAAUCUCUGUGCCUGAGCCUCCAAUGUCUUCCGUGACAGACUGCAGUAGCAUGGCUGAGCAGCAGAUUCUUAAGUGUGAUGAAGAACAGGAAAAUUGGAGAGCAGUGGAAAGAAAGAAGUACCACGUGCCUGUACACGUUAAUUCAGAGAAUACCAUGGAAAGACAGUGUGCUCAACAGUAAUGUAAAAUGAAUUUACAUGUUUGUUAUACAUCAUUAAUUUUUAUCUCUGAGCAAUAAAUGUGUAUAUUAUUUUAGCUUGUUAUAAAUCAUUUAUUACCACAGUAAAAUUGAGAUAAGCUAGACUAACAGAUAACCUUCUGUGAUGUUUAUUCUGUGAAUGUAUUCCAAAUACACUGACCGGCCAGUUUAUUAAGUUCACGCCCAUGUAUCUACAUUCUUUGUCCAUCGUAUCAGCUCCAUUAACCAUAUAGGUGCACCCUAUGCAUUAGUGUGUUAUGUGGGUACGAGUGGAUUUGUUUUUGUUGUUGGAGUUGUAUAGGAGUUGUUUUUCAGGUUUUUCAGUCAUGUUUUAGGACUGUAAUGGAAUGAGUACAAAAAUCAUCUUCCCCUAAAACUGGCUCUGAAUCUCAUUACAUACAGAAGGUGAUCAUGAAUUUGGCCUGACUUGUGAAUACAUUAUUGAAGCAGACAUCAGACUGAUUGCAAUGGACAGUUUCAAUGAUAUUUUUUGGUGAAAGGAAUUUAACUUUUCUUCAUGAACUGUAAGUAGUUGGAAUGUUGUUGGACCAUUGUGAUAAUUCUGUACUUUCUAUCUGAUGUGUUGUUAUUGAAAUCAGUUUUUAAAAAAAUCUCUUUGGAUGUCCUAAGGUUGUGUAGAGUGGGAGAGUUCUCUGUUAGUACUGACAUUAUAAUACAAAGAUAUUCAUUUGUACACACCUUUGAGCAUUUUGAGCUGUUUUGUCAGGUCUCGGUGGACCUAAACAUCAGUGUGACACUUGUUGCCAAACUGAUUUCAUAUGACUCAUUACUUGAGACAGUGAGACAGCUAGUAGUGGCUAAACCUGCCUGUUUGUGAUUUAUGGUUGUAGGGAAAUGGAGCAAGAGGAAUUUGGGCCAAGGACUUUUAUUGGUUUAGCAGUGGUGUUCCUGGCUGGACGUGGAAUGGUAUCCCAGCUCUCAGCCUAUUGAUUUCUGCUAACUUUCUGAGAACUAAUAAAUAAACAUCUGUAAUAUUUUAUUUUAUAAAAUCGUCAUGCUUGUUGUAUUUAAAUUGUGCAAAUAUUACUACUAAUACUCUUAUUUCGUUGUUAAAUUCUGAUUUUGAACAAGAGUUAAAAUCUUGAAAUGCACAAUGAAAAAUUGUCCAAUCAGGAUUUGUCCCCUGUGGUAUCUUGGUAGAUACAGCCAAGCUAGUCCUCUCAUUGGUUAGGUUUUGAUUUAUAAUGGGUGGGACCAAUUUUGUGAGAAAACACAUCAAAACAUCACAAACAUCCUAAAUGCAUCAUUGACGAAGUAGUCAGUUUUAGUCAUUUAUUUGAAAUGGAAAACGGUGGCAGUAACUCAGUGUGAUGGCUCUUUACUGAAAUAAA